UUGGACCUCAGCGCGGGAGAGAGCGAGAGAGGCGCUGUGUCUUUAAGAGAGGAUGCCAAAGCCGAUUACAUUUGAUCUCAACAGUGAUUCUCUCUCGCCGUCUGUCCACUACUAUCGCUUAUUUUGCUCUACUGCAUGAGCUAAACGCAUUGACGCACAGCGUUGUUCGUCGGGGUUUGAACUUUUCUUCUGGCCAGAAAUGGAUUGGACUCCGAAUUCGUUUGGAUGAGUCGCUUAUGAGCAGUCCGCGUCGGCUCGGCAACUUUCUCGUGCGCAUUUCUCCACACACCCGAGGUGGAAAGUUAAAAUCACAUGGGAUAUGGUGACAAACAAGUGAAUACACAUUAAACCAAGACGGAAAAUGCAGAAGAGUGUUCGGUACAAUGAGGGACACGCUCUGUAUCUCUCCGUUAUCGCGCGUAAAGAGGGCACCAAGCGAGGUUAUCUCAGCAAGAAGACCACCGAAAACAGUAAAUGGCACGAGAAGUUUUUCGCACUUUAUCAGAAUGUUUUAUUUUACUUCGACACCGACCAGAGCGCUCGACCAUCAGGGAUUUAUCUUUUGGAAGGAUGCACAUGUGAACGAGUCCCUGCACCCAAGGUGUCCACCGUUGGCAGAGAGACUCUUGACAAGCUGCAUUAUUUCCUGGUCAUCUUCGGGCAUGAUGGACAGAAGCCUCUGGAACUGCGGACAGAGGAGGAGUCAGACUGUGACGAAUGGGUGGAGGCCAUCCAGCAGGCCAGCUACUCUGACAUCAUCAUCGAGCGUGAGGUUCUCAUGCAGAAGUACAUCCAUCUGGUGCAGAUUGUGGAGACAGAGAAGGUGGCAGCCAAUCAGCUCCGCACACAACUGGAAGACCAAGACACAGAGAUUGAGAGGCUUAAAGCUGAGAUUAUAGCCUUGAACAAAACUAAGGAAAGAAUGCGUCCCUACCACGUAUACCAGGAAGAGGAGGAUCCUGAUAUUAAAAAAAUAAAAAAGGUCCAGAGCUUCAUGCGAGGGUGGCUUUGUAGAAGGAAAUGGAAGAUUAUUGUGCAGGACUACAUCUGUUCUCCUCAUGCUGAGAGCAUGAGGAAGAGGAAUCAGAUCGUCUUCAACAUGGUGGAGGCUGAGACAGAGUACGUCCAUCAGCUUUACAUCCUGGUCAACUGCUUCCUGAGGCCGCUCAGAAUGGCCGCCAGCUCCAAGAAACCACCCAUUAACCACGAUGAUGUCAGUAGCAUCUUCCUUAACAGUGAGACAAUCAUGUUUCUACAUGAAAUAUUCCAUCAGGGACUGAAGGCGAGGAUAGCAAACUGGCCCACACUGAUCCUAGCGGAUCUCUUUGAUAUCUUGCUGCCAAUGCUGAACAUCUAUCAGGAGUUUGUGAGGAACCACCAGUACAGUCUUCAAGUUCUGGCCAACUGUAAGCAGAAUCGGGACUUUGACAAACUCCUGAAGCAGUACGAAUCAAACGCUGCGUGUGAGGGGAGGAUGCUGGAAACGUUCCUCACGUACCCCAUGUUUCAGAUCCCUCGUUAUAUCAUCACUCUCCAUGAGCUACUGGCUCAUACACCUCAUGAGCAUGUGGAAAGGAAAAGUCUAGAGUUUGCCAAGUCUAAACUGGAAGAACUCUCCAGGGUGAUGCACGAUGAAGUGAGUGAUACAGAAAACAUCCGUAAGAACCUGGCUAUUGAGCGCAUGAUCGUGGAGGGCUGUGACAUCCUCCUUGACACCAGCCAGACGUUUGUGAGACAAGGCUCUUUGAUCCAGUUACCCUCAGUGGAGAGAGGGAAGCUCAGUAAGGUGCGACUAGGCUCUCUCUCAGUAAAGAAGGAAGGAGAGAGACAGUGUUUCCUCUUCACCAAGCACUUCCUUAUCUGCACACGCAGCUCAGGAGGCAAACUUCACCUGCUCAAACAAGGUGGUGUGCUGUCUCUGAUUGACUGCACUCUCAUCGAGGAGCCUGAUGCCAACGAUGAAGAUGCUAAGAAUUCAGGACAGGUGUUUGGUCACCUGGACUUUAAGAUUGUGGUCGAGCCCUCAGAUGCUCCUGCCUUUACUGUGGUGCUGCUGGCACCGUCCCGUCAGGAGAAAGCAGCCUGGACCAGUGACAUCAGCCAGUGCAUUGAUAACAUCCGCUGUAACGGCCUGAUGACCAGCGUGUUCGAGGAGAACUCAAAAGUCACAGUGCCGCAUAUGAUCAGAUCCGAUGCGCGUCUCCAUAAAGAUGAUGUGGACAUUUGCUUCAGUAAGACGCUCAACUCCUGCAAGGUUCCUCAGAUCCGCUACGCCAGCGUGGAGAGGCUUCUGGAGAGGCUGACCGACCUGCGGUUCCUCUCCAUAGACUUCCUUAACACAUUCCUGCACACCUACCGGAUCUUCACCACCGCCAUCGUGGUCAUGGAGAAACUGGCUGACAUCUACAAGAAGCCUUUUACCUCCAUACCAGUCAGGGUCCAGUAUCAUUCAUUUGACCGCUUGUCCAUUACAUCCAUCUGCCCAGACUACAGCCUGAAGAUCAGGAAGAUAGCACUGGAUCAGUCAAAAUCCCUGGAGCUUUUCUUCGCCACCAACCAAAACAACCGCAGCGGGGACCACGUAAAUGACAAAUCCCCCAGACUAUGUCGCAAGUUCUCAUCUCCUCCACCUCUCUCCAUCCCCUCCCGUACUUCCUCUCCGGUUCGCAUCAGGAAACUCUCUCUUAAUUCCCCUAUUGGCUCAAAAGUAGGCAUCCUAGAUCUGUCCACGACCUCUUUAUCGGCAGCCAGUAGUCCAACCUCUGCCAACCCCACCAUCUCACCCCCACCAUCAAACAACAACAACAACAACAAGCCCCCUUUGGAUCCAAGCCAUGGACAAAGCCCAUCCUCCCCUGAACAGAGCCUUGGGGAUCUGGAUGAGAAUGCUGAGGUGCCACGAAUCGAUGCUCUCUGUGGUAAACUGCGACGCAGCAUCAGGAGAGGUGUGCUGGAUUCAGUUUCUUUGGACAAAUUUAUUCCAGAGUCUCCACAAGGCAGUGAACCGGGAGAAAUCUCUCCCUGCCGCUCACCCUCCACUCCACGCCACCUCCGCUACAGACAGUCAGGAGUCCAGUCAGCUGAGAACUCACGCUGCUCUGUUUCUCCAGCCUCUGCGUUUGCUAUCGCCACAGCAGCAGCUGGACACAGCAGCCCUCCAGUUUUUAACAAUUCUGAGCGGACUUGUGACAAGGAGUUCAUUAUACGCCGUGCGGCUACCAACAGAGUCCUGAAUGUCCUGCGCCAUUGGGUCUCCAAACACUCCCAGGACUUUGAAAUGAAUGGAGAGCUGAAGAUGGGUGUGAUCUGCCUGCUAGAGGAGGUGUUGAGAGACCCUGACGUUCUUCCCCAGGAGAGGAAAGCCACAGCAAAUAUACUAAGUGCCCUUUCUCAAGAUGACCAGGAUGAUGCACAACUGAAGAUUGAAGACAUUCUUCAGAUGGCUGAAUGCCCAAAGGCCGAGUGUUUCGAAUAUCUGUCAGCGAUGGAGCUAGCUGAACAAAUCACUCUUCUCGAUCACAUCGUCUUCAGGAGCAUACCCUAUGAGGAGUUCCUUGGCCAAGGAUGGAUGAAGACAGACAAGACGGAGAGAACUCCAUACAUCAUGAAGACAAGUCAGCACUUCAAUGAUAUGAGUAAUCUCGUGGCCUCUCAGAUCAUGAGCCACACAGAUGUGGGCUCUAGAGCCAGCUCUAUUGAAAAAUGGAUAGCAGUGGCUGAUAUUUGCCGCUGUCUCAACAACUAUAAUGGUGUCUUGGAGAUCACAUCUGCCCUGAACCGGAGCGCCAUCUACAGGCUAAAGAAGACAUGGGCCAAAGUGUGCAAACAGACUAAAGCACUGAUGGACAAACUUCAAAAGACUGUGUCAUCUGAGGGAAGGUUUAAAAACCUGAGGGAAACUCUAAAAAACUGUAAUCCACCUUGUGUUCCAUAUCUGGGGAUGUACUUGACGGACCUCGCAUUUAUCGAAGAGGGAACCCCAAACUUCACAGAAGAAGGACUGGUUAACUUCUCUAAGAUGAGAAUGAUAUCUCAUAUCAUACGGGAGAUCCGACAGUUCCAGCAAACUCCCUACAGAAUUGAGCACCAACCAAAGGUCACACAGUAUCUUCUGGAUAAGACCUUGAUUAUGGAUGAAGACACACUGUAUGACUUGUCUCUCAAGAUUGAACCAAGGCUUCCUGCAUGAACUACAACCUCAGUUCCUGGCAACUUCCAUCUUGAUGUGCUUCUCACUCUUGGGAUCUUUUGAAGGCAUGAAGCAUGCCUUGUGUUUGAGGAAGAGGGACGUGAAGGAGGGAGGGAAAAUGUCCAUUUGAAAGUGUGGAAGGCAGAGGGUCCAGGUUUGGAGGAGAGUAUUAAAGAGUGCUCACCAUCACAAUGUCCCCUGAAGGGUGACUUUUAUCAUGGAAAAGAAUGUCAGAUGAAAACUGACCACUGUCAGAGGUCAGGGUUCAUGAGUGAGUUUAAGAGUCUAGCAGAUGGAUUCAGUCUAAAUUGUGAAGAGAAUGGGUGAAGAUAUGUAGCAUGUACAGAAGUAGAGCUAUUAGCCAGAUCGUAUGUAGUGUAUUGUGGCCCACAUGGGCCUGUGGCCCCUGGCACAUCCCCUCAUUGGUAAUGGUAGUGGCUUUGUGCAUGAACUAGACUGUGGGUUUGCUGUGUGCUUUGCCUCAACUUUACACUCCAUGUGUCGUCCCAUCUGCCAACAGCUGGCUGCACUCAACCAAAAUGCCACAUAAAAUUUUUAAAAGAUACAUCAGACUUCUAAAUAAUGAGAAUGUAGUAGCUUUCUAAAAAACUAACCAGCUCUAGAUUAUAUUGAUAUUUAAAAAAAGCAACUGAUUUAUAAAGCACUCACAUAGCUUCAUUGUGCCUUCUCAUAUUCACAGAGACUUGUAAAUGAAGCCAAUGUCUCUGCGAUGCUUGAAAGUUAUGAUAUUAGCAGAAUAUUGGCCUCUGUAGCAAAGUGAUGACAAAACGGUGAUAUUCAUACUAUUUAAACCUGUAAACACACAUAUAAAUGAGCAUUUUCUGCAAAAAUUCUGCAAAAUCUGAUUUUACAAUAAUUUAGGGCUUUGCUGCCCCCUAUUGGAGGAAAAGCUCAUUAUUUUUAAACGAUUCUUAAAGGGGUCCUGUUAUGCUUUUUAACUUUUUAAUUUUAGUUGAGAUGUAGUGUGUAUGUUUGGCCAUAAAAAAAAGUUCUACAAAGUUACAAAUCUCAAAGUCUAAUCCAAACGGAGAUAUCGUGACUUCACAAAGCGUUCCAUUAGAAUAUCGAAUAUGGAAAUUUCGAAUGGCUGUGGGGGUGGGGAGGGGUUAGGUCCUGGUUAAAACGCUUGGUUGAGUGCAGCAGACAAGACGACGACGACGAAGUGCUGCUGCAGAGUUAGUGCAUCAGAGAAAAUAAAGAAGAAGAAGAGCUGCUCUAGCAUCAAGUUUUCGACAUGUCUAAAGUUUGUCGCACACCAGACGAGAAGCGCAGCACUACGUCUAGAUCAAUUCUUACAACAUGUACAACACGAUGUAGCUAGGCGCUGUGGACAGUUGCUGAACGGCGCAGCCGGUGUGUAUACACUCAUAGAAAAUAAUGUGUUUGAAUUUUAAAGACGUAGCUUGAUGCAACUCUGCGCAGCACUUCUCGUUCGAUGUGCAACCGUCUUAAGAAAUGCUUUUUGUUUUCACCUCCGUGCCCAAACGUCUUUCUUUGGGUUUCCAUGGUGCAAUUUAUUUUUAACUCUGUUCCUGAGCAUUAUUACCCCAAUUUACUAUUAUGUGCUGCGCAUUUUACUGAGAACAACUUCCACAGCAUGAGGAAGUACAGUGCUGGUUUCACCAAAAAACUUAUGUUGAAAGACGAACCAAGGAGUAUGGAAGUACUGAAACACAGUCUAAGCUAUCCACCAAUCACAACGCACCGGGACAGCCAACCAAUCACAACGCAUUUCAUUUUAUGGAAAGCAGGCCUCAAACCCAGAACUGAUCGGGCCGUUUGUGCCAGGCUGGGGAGAAAGAUACAUUAAUAAUGUAAAUUAUGUGAAAAAUAAUGCAUUUUUCGAGCCCCCAAGCAUGAGAGCAUGUUUUAGUACACACCCAAAACAAAAUCAAGACUUUGUAAAAGAGCAUAAUAAGACCCCUUUAACCAAAUGACUGGGAUCAAAUUUUGACCCGCAAGUUCUUCAAUAAUCAAUGUUUUCCUGCUUUUUAAUAUCAUGACCCAACUGGCCAGCUAUCCAGAAAAGAGGGUCUCUCCAUUAUUUGCAUGAAAAAUACAGUGAUCGCAUGUUGGAAAAUGCAUUGCAAGACAUGUUUUGUGCUCAUGUGUCAUUCAGCUGCUGUGUAGCCUCUUUAAACUCUCUAGAAACCUCAAGUAAAACAGAUACAUACAUAUAUUUAACUUUUCAUCUAACUGCACUUCUCUAUCUAAAUACUUUGAUCAUAAUAGCUGGAUAUUUCAUAUGCAUAGAUUGGCAAAGAACUGUCAAAUUGGCCAUAUAUAUAUGUGUGUGUGUGUGUGUGUGUGUGUGUACAUAUGUGUGUGUGUAUAUAUAUUAUAUAUAAACACACACACACACACAUCUACCACUGUGCUGUAUGAAGACAAUGUUGUUUUGUCUGAUAUCUCCUUUCUUCAGAGUGGGAUGGAUUUCUAUUAUUUAUUGUUUAUUAUUUAUUUCUAUUACGCAUGAGAGCGUAAAGGUGUGAAUGUGAUCUCAGAGGUGAGUGGGUUGGAGAGGUGUGAGUUACACUUUCAUCAAUGUAGCGUUGUUAUCUUUCAAAUAAGUGUGAAUCGGUAGUAUUUAUUUCCUGGCAUAUUUAUUUGACCUUUUUUUGUAUAUACCGUGUUAUUGUGGGUUUAUGACAUAAUGUGAUUUUUGUCCCCAUCCAUCACCAUUCGAGAUUUCAGAAAGCACUCCUGUAAUUGUUACCUUUUGCCAAAUGUGUUAAGAAAAUGUAGCAUAUCUGAUUCAUUUACAAUCCUUUGUCCCUUUUCUCUUUUAUUCAUGGGUUUAGUGUGUUGUGCGCACAGAAUUGUUGCUUUGGUAUGUUGCAUGUCUUUGCAUGUUCAGGUUGGAUUCCUGUGAAAAUCUGCUUUCUGUACAUUUCAAUUUUUUUUCUUUAUUUUUUCCUUCCUCUUUAUUUUAUCACUGAUUCUCUUGGAG